UUUUUGUUCUGAAGCUCUUAAAACGGCGGCGCUGAGGUACAAGAACAAGUUGGGCGUUGCUCGUGCGUGCCCCUUUGCCUUAUCUAGAAACGUGGAGCAGCAGUAUGAUCUGCGGACGGAGGCUGCUCGGCAGGUUGCGUCCCCUACUGGCGUCGGCGAGGAGAUCCUCGGCAAACCCGACGGAGCCUCGCCGACCGUUCUGUAAAGGGGAGUCCCGGCUUUUUGACCCCUUGCAAGAAUUGUCGAAGGAGUUUGUCAAGUUCCGCAUGAAGGCGAAAGGCGCCCUCCCCGGCAGUGACUGGAGCCCCUUCCAUAUAACGGAAGGUGUCCCUCCUGAGCGGGCUGAUGUGGUCAUUGUUGGUGGUGGGGUAAUAGGCUGGUCUAUUGCCUACUGGCUGAAGAAGAAAGAAAAAUCGAGAGACAGCAUUCGAGUGGUGGUGGUCGAGAAGGACCUCACGUACUCCAAAGCAUCUACAGUACUCUCUGUGGGGGGCAUACGGCAGCAGUAUUCGAUGCCAGAAAAUAUCCACUUGAGCCUCUUCUCAGCAAACUUCUUGCGCUUAAUCAAUGAACACCUUGGUGUUGUCAACCAACCACCCAUAGAUAUUCAGUUUAAUCCAUCGGGAUAUCUCUUCCUGGCUUCAGACGAAGGAGCUGCUGUACUAGAAGAGAAUGUACAAAUUCAAAGGAUGGAAGGAGUACUGGUCUCCCUGCUGUCCCCAGCACAACUGAGAAAGAAAUAUCCAUGGCUGAAUACAGAUGGUGUAGCUUUGGCUUCCUAUGGCUUGCAAAACGAGGGAUGGUUUGACCCUUGGACUCUCCUCAAUGCUUUCCGAAACAAAGCACUAUCUAUGGGUGUCUACCAGAGCUGUGGCGAAGUGACAUCUUUUGACUUGGAUACCAAAGAACUGCUGACACAUGAGGGAGAGCUUAUGGAUUUUUCCCGUAUCAAGAAUGUUAAUGUCCAGAUGACUGACAGUACUGAAUCCACCACGGUAGAGUGUGCUAUUGUGGUGAAUGCAGCAGGAGCUUGGUCAAGCAGCGUGGCAGAGAUGGCUGGCAUUGGAACUGGGCUGCCAGAUUCACUAUUGGCAAUCAGGCUUCCAGUGGAACCCAAGAAAAGGUAUGUCUAUGUCUGGCACUGUCCUGAUGGGCCUGGCUUGGAGUGUCCUAUGCUAAUAGAUACCACAGGAGCUUACUUCCGGAGGGAAGGUGUGGGUGGCAACUACCUUGGAGGCUUAAGCCCUACAGAAGAGGAAGAGCCUGAUAUCAGGGACCUGGAAGUAGAUCAUGAGUUCUUCCAGGAUAAGGUCUGGCCAAAGCUGGCCCACCGGGUGCCACACUUUGAAUCCUUGAAGGUGAGGAGUUCUUGGGCCGGUUAUUAUGACUACAACACCUUUGACCAGAGCCCUGUGAUUGGCUUGCACCCACUAGUGGACAACCUCUUCUUUGCCACAGGCUUCAGUGGACAUGGACUACAGCAAUCGCCAGCUGUGGGUCAAGCUAUAGCUGAGCUCAUUCUUGAUGGCCAGUUCAUGACCAUCAACCUAGACACAUUCUCCUUCAAAAGGAUCAUGAGAGGGAAGAAGGCUGUAGAGAGGAAUAUCAUCUAAAUGCAUUAGAGAUCAGGAAAUCUAUAUUGAUGGGUUCUGCAAUGACCAACUAGUUUUGACAAUAAACUAUUAUAUGGGGUCUAUAUAGUUUUAAAUCUCCAGUGUGUGGAUAUAUGGAAUCUUUCCAACAACCCUGUAAGGUAGGGUUAGAAAUCAAGCAGCUCACAACAAGAAAUAAAUCCAUUUAAAAUCCAAUAACCAUAAAGCAGAUGCAAAAUGGCUUAAAGUGGCAUGAUUUUGAAUUCUGGGUUGUGUGAAUAAAGUUCCUUAUCACUUGAGGUUGCAGUCCUGUGCAUGCUUCCCUGUUUGAGGAAGCCCCAUUCUACACACUGGGACUUGCUUCUGAGUAAACAUGCAUAGGAUUGCACUGUAAAUUUACAGGUUGUAUAAACAAACAUCUUUGACGUUCAUGCUUAUACAAAUAUUUCUUCAUUCUGUCCCUUGUGCAGCACUUCCCAAGGAUGCAACAACUAGCUGAUUGUGUACAGCUGAUUGUGAUGCUGCCCUGGGCUCCUGCGGGGAGGAAGGGCGGGAUAUAAAUCAAUAAUAAUAAUAGAGCUUCCCAAAUGCCCAACAAAGUGCUGAUAGAUGUCAAUCACUUGACAUAAUUAUGACAUCAGAUCACUGACUGGUGUGUGGUUCUGCCCACCUGUCAAAGUUGGCCCACAGGGCUGGGUGAGGAUAAAGCUCUGGCCCACCAGGCCAAAGAGAUUUCCCACCUCCUGCCAUAUGCCAGUGUUGUCCUCAGAUGCCCGAUCUGAAAUUCUGAGAUAAAGCAAGGCCCUGUCUGCACUAUUCAUUUAAAGUAGUGUAAUACCACUUUAAAUGGUCUUGGCUUCCCCCAAAGAAGUUCAGAAACAUCAGGAGGGCCAAGGUUCUUCAGACCUGGUCAUGUCCAUCUGUCUCAGUAUUCUUGCUGGAAAUAUGUCUCUCCAGCCAGAGAAGGGUCUUUACCAUUACUUGCUGCCUGGUUCUUUAAACUGGAGAUCGAAGGGACUGAAUCUGCAUGCAAAGUACGUGCUCUGCCAAUUGAGCUAUCGUCCUUCCCUCUUGCACAGUGGCCUUGAACAAUGGAGUAGGAAAAGAAAAUGUUCAUUAUUGACGUCUUCUAAUUAUCGUGUCCCCAUCAUUUGUCCCUGGCACAACCACCCCAUAAAAAGCUAUUCAACUUUCUGCAGAAAUUAUUUACAAAUGGUCCCUUAGUCCUCACUGAUGCAUUUGGAAAAUUGGCUCAUAAGGUACUUGCCUUGAGUUCUGUUCUUGAGGCUCUCAUCCAGAUCGCUUAGAGAUUCAAAUAGAAGCUGCCAGCUUUUGACACUGACCCGCACGUUCUUUGGGAACCAGGGAUCAAGGAUGAAGAUAGGCUAGACCUUCACACUGUCCUUCAUUGCUGCUGGCAGGGCAGGGUUAUCAUGGAGGCGAAGUUAGGUGUCAUCUUAAAAACCUCUCUAUUUUCUCUCACUUUGUAUUAGGGGCAGUGUCUAAGCAGAAAAAAUCUAAGUGGAAACAGAAGACUUCUUUCGUUUUUUCACAAAAUAAAUCUUGUAGAGACAGUGGUAAAUAACCUAUGCCGAAAAGCACGCCUGAGGAACCUGUGGUCCCCAGAUGUUGCUGGACUCCAACUCCUAUCAACCCCAACCACUGGCCAUGCUGGCUGGGCCUGAUGGGAGUUGGCGUCCACCAAUAUCUGGAGGUCUAAAGGUUUCCCAUCCUUGCCAAAGUCUCGCCACUCAACCCCUCACUAAAUCAAUGGUUAGGAAAAUACAUUGAUAAAAAUUUGAGAGAUCUUUCAGAUGGGGAGACUCAAUGACACAAUCAGUUAAAGAGAUCUGCAGCGAACUCCAGGUUCCUGGCCAACUUUUCCCCUUCCUUCCCUUGUCAAAUUUAGCCAUGUAUUAGCAUUGCACCUGCACUGACAUCAAUCAUAGCAAAUGUCAACCAGUCUGCCUCCUAACUGGGAUUUCAAAUUUGAUGCAACCCUUGGUUUCAAAUGAAUCCUGGUCAACAGAAACUAUGGUUAGCAUUUGCUCAGGGUUGCUGGUUGACUUUGCCCAUGUUCACAAUCUCAGUGGAUAUUCCCUACAGUUUCAGUUAAUGCUUGUGGAUGAAUCUGCAAGUUCAGGUCUGUGUUUGUUGUGAGCACAAAACUGAGGCAAUAACUAUUUCUGAUUAACAUCAAGCACAAGGUCAUGUUAUCCCCAUAUAGUAAAAAAAAAAAAAGAUGUGGAAGCUAAGCAGAUUCUAUAAUA